AUGGCGGCAAGCACAGCACCGAGUGCGGAAUUACGCGCUGAGGACGUGCGGCAGUUAUGGAGCCUGGCGCGCUUAUUGGCACAAAAGAAGCUGACGAUGCAGACAGCUCAGUGUCUCAAGCCCCUUUGCGCACUCGAUUGCAGCAUCCGCAGCGCCGAAGAGCAAGCGAUUUUGCUGCAAGCGAACAUUCUUCUAGCUGAGAUCUGCAGUGUAGCCUGUAGCAACAAAAAGAAGGCGGACCCAGAUCUGUGGACACGCCGAGUGAUCCAGACAGAGGAAUGCAUCCAUUCAGCUGAUGCUGCCAUUGCACGGGGAAUUUCUUGUAGUCAUGAGAAUAGGCUGCGGCUACUGAAGGCGAAGUUUUUGCUGCAGCAACAGUUGAAGAUCGAUCGGGCGGCGAAAAAUCGUCGGAUGCUGGAGAUUCUGUGCGAAGGACUGAUAAGCUGUGCAGAAGCUGAAGACGAUGACCCUGAGCUGGCCGCCGAGUUUCGGAAAUAUUUUGGUGUGAAAUUGAAGGCCUGUUUGGUGAAAAUGCACGCUGCAACCGUCAAGGCAAAGUAUUCCAAAGACAACGAUGCCGUCACUAGUUUGGCGGAUAACUUGAAGUAUCUGCGAACUACGCUGCCGAGCUCUGUCGACAAACACUUUCUGUUGUGGCUGGUGGAAGUGACCUGCCACACCGCGAUCUCGUCUUUUCAGCCUGAAAACGCCGCAGACAUGCACCAACUGGUUGCAUUUGGCCAGGAAUUCUUUGACAAAGUGGCGCUCGAGCACCCGGUCUCACGAGAUUUCCGCAUUCACCAUUUAAUUAUCACUGGAUUCUACUACUUACGGACCGGAAAGCUAGCGAAAGUGACACCGCUCCUGGAGCAAAUCCAAGCCUUUGUUCGUGGCACUGGUAGUGGUGACCAACAGCUUUCCGGCGUUUUGAAGGACAGAUACCUGAACACAAUCCUGGACUCGAUGCGUGUGGCCGUCCUUGCAUGCUCGGAUUCAAAGCAGGCGCUUGAUCUUGCCUUGACUACCGCAGUCGCAGCUCAAGCCAACCUGAACACAUACGACAAGUACCCGGCAGUGCAACUCAUGCUCAUAGCAACGCUGUUCGAUAUGGUAUAUGUCUACUGCCGGCUGCUGGGCUUGCAGUGUCGAUACGCGGACUUGGGAGCUAGCAUCGCUCAGAUGACUACUUUAUUCGCCAAGUAUAAGUCGCAUUUGGAGCGUAGCAUCUUCUAUCGCUUCUUCCUCGCGCGGUGCCACACACUGAUUGCAAAGUAUGCAACAGCCAUUGGGAAGGUGAAAGAAGCGUGUUCCCAUUUGAAUUUCGUCGUCGACAAGGUGCUUCCUGCUCCCACGAACGAGGAAAUGCCAUAUCCCGAUGCAUACCUGGCCGUGUGGGUCGACGUGCUCGAAGUGGCGAUGUAUUGCUGCGGAGAAACAACACAAUCAUCUCCGUUAAAUGACAGUGCUACGGCAUUACACGUCAGACAGAUCUAUCCAAGCCGGGUGCUGCUAAAAUGGGUCACUCGUAUUCUGAAAUCCGACGGCUUGAGGCAUCAGGUGAACCAGUGCUGUAGUGUCGAGUUGAAAGCAAAGUACAACCUUGCGCUAGCCAAGUGGAUGUGGGCUACAGAAAGACUGUCAAGUGACAGCGAUGCCGCCCACUUCACCCAGCAUACAGAACUGGAGGAACUGCGUCCGAAAGCGUUCACGCUCCUUCACGAGGCUCUCCAGCACAUGAACACAAGUGUUAUGUGCUGCGAGACCACAUCAGAGACCAUGGCGCUCUUUGGACCACAUCUGGUGGCUUACGGCAAGAUGAAGGAGGGCGAGGAAAUACUGAAAAACGCCAUCGACACAAGUCUCCAGACCAAGAAUGUUUUGCUGCAGACGCGACUUUGUGCGGAUGUGUUCCAGUUCUAUUCGAACAAGGGGCUGAUUGAGGAGAAGGCAACUAUAGCCUCCAAGUACGAGAAGAAGUUGGCUCUGCUCCAGCGACGAAUCGCGGCCGCACAGGCCGAAAAUGCCACGACCACAGCACUGUUGCGAUGGACUGCUGGUUCGAAGGCGUCGAAACCCUCGCGUGGAUGA